UUUUUAAUUUAUAGGAUGUUGAAAAACAUUCAGUUUUGGCAGAAGUUUUGUUUCAGGGAGUGUAUUCUUUGGUGGAACCAUAUCAUAUAUCUGUCACUCAGGAAGAUAUUGAUAAAUAAAAGUUGAUUUCUUUUGUUAAGAAAUGCUUGAUGUCUGUUAAUGGAUAACAAUUCUAAUUCAAGACACCAGUUUUAAUCACUUUCAAAUACUUUCUGGAAUUUUUCAUGUUGAUAUUCAAUCCAUCAAUUAUUGUCGUAUGUUUACAGAAUUGGCUGAAUCACUUAUGGAAGAAAUAAUAUCUUCUCCAAACAAAUGGUUAGGAAAUCUACAAACAUUAGAUCUUCUUUUAACUUGUGUUGGGCAUCAUGACUAUGAGGUAGCAGAAAUUACGUUUAAUUUUUGGUAUCGCCUGUCUGAAGUUCUGUAUAAAAGAAAUAUCGAAAGUGUGAAAGAAAAAUUCCAACCAUAUAUACAGAGGUUAAUUGUUUCCCUUUGUCAUCAUUGUCAGUUAGAUCCUGAUCAUGAUGACAUACCUGAAGAUGGUGACGAUUUUAGUGAAUUUAGAACACGUGUUUCAGAUUUAAUUAAGGAUGUAGUAUAUAUUGUUGGUUCCUCAAAUUGUUUUCAGCAGAUGUUUGAAAAUUUAAGAAACCAAGGCAGUUUAGCUACAUGGGAAAUGUCUGAAGCAUCUUUAUUUGUCAUGGCUGCUGUAGCCAAAAAUGUCAUUCCAGAAGAAAAUACUGUUGUACCUCAGGUUGUUGAAGCCAUUUUAAAUUUACCAGCAGCAACGCAUAUAGCAGUGAGAUAUACGAGCACACAACUUUUAGGAGAGUUAUGUGAAUGGAUAGAGAAACAUCCUCAAUAUUUAGAUCCUGUGUUAAAUUUUUUGUUGUCAUGUCUACAACAAAAGCAGCUAGCAACAAUUGGUGCUUCAGCACUUCAGAAUAUCUGCAGUGCUUGCAGAAACCAAAUGGCCUCACAUUUUGGGGGAUUACUCCAGAUUAUACGAGCUUUAGAUACCUUUUCCAUAUCAAAUGAAGCUGCAGUUGGCUUGUUAAAAGGAACUGCAUUAAUUCUCGCACAAAUGCCAUCUGAAAGGAUAACAGCUGGGUUGAAAGAACUCUGUUCAACUCAAGUCAAUCCUUUAUCAAAGUUGUUAAGAGAAGGGGAAGCACCAAAAGAAGGGACAAAAAGUGAUCCAGCUAUUUGGCUUGAUAGACUAGCUGCUAUUUUCAGGCAUACUAAUCCAACAGUGUCAAAUGGCCAAAUACAUCCAUGUCAACCAGUCAUAGAAGAACUUUGGCCUGUAUUAUCCGAGACUUGUAACAAAUACCAAGCUGACGUUCGAAUUAUUGAACGGUGUUGUCGGUGUAUACGUUUUGCCAUCAGAUGUGUUGGAAAACAAUCUGCUCCUCUUUUAGAACCUUUAGUGAAUCAAAUGGUGCAUCUAUAUCAACUACAUCAACACUCCUGUUUCUUAUACUUGGGAAGUAUAUUAGUUGAUGAAUAUGGUUCAGAACCUGGUUGUAUACAAGGACUUUUAGAUAUGUUACAGGCAUUUUGUGUGCCAACUUUCCGACUUUUAGAAUGUUCUAAUGGACUGAGAAAUCAUCCAGAUACAGUAGAUGAUCUGUUUAGACUAUGUACAAGAUUUUUACAGAAGGCACCUGUGAUAUUAUUACAAUCGUCGGUAUUAAAAGCAAUUUUGCGUUGUGCAUUAGCAUCUUGUGUACUAGAUCACAAAGACGCUAAUGCUUCUGUGAUGAAAUUUUUUUAUGAUCUUAUUAAAGGAUCACGGUUAAGAGAAGAUUUUCCUGACUUUCACCAGCGUCACUCUUUAAUUCGAGGAAUUUUAGUUGAACAUGGCCAGUCUUUGGUUAGUACUCUUAUUCAGGCUUGUGUUUUUCAUUUGCCAUCAUAUAUGUUUCCUGACGUUGCAGACGUUAUUUUUGAACUGUUGCAUUUUGAUAAACAGUUAUUAAGCACAUGGUUAGAAGAAGGAUUGAAGUUUUUACCAGUCCAAAGCAGUAGUGGAACAGUUACAGCUACACCACAGCAAAUGAUGGAGUUCCAUGCAAACAUCAUGAGUGCUGAACAUGUGAAGAAUGUGUCUGCUUCUCUUCGAGAUUUUUCAAGACUGUACAGAUAGGAAAAAAUUACAUAUUAGUGCAAUACAGACUGUCAUUAAUUAUAUUUUGAAGAUUAUGAUGUUGUCUGUAGCUUUUUUUCAGUGUCACAGAAGACUGUAAUUCUUAUAGAAAGAAAAAUAUUUGACAAAAUGUGUACAUGUGGCUUAAACUCUCAUUGUCAAAAAAAAAAACCACAUGUAUUUUAUUUGUUAUAAAGUGCACCUGCUGGAGUUUUAUUUUGGUUCAAUUUAAAUGUGUACAUACAUAAAUUUAACUUUUUUUUUUUUUUUUCUUUCAUUCUACUAUUGUUUAAAUGCAUUCUUAUAUAGUUUGAUUAUUAAUUUGAAAACUUUUCUUCAUCUGUUCAUAAGAAUGGUGCAGAGUUUAUCAUCCUCAGGCAAACAAAACUAUGCUCAAAUUUCAUUUCUUUAUAUACACUCCAGCAAAAA